AUGGGCUGGGUCGGCUGGGUGUUGAAGAGGACGACGAUUCAAGGGGGCAGUGUCACGGGCCUCAGCUCUGGAAAGCUUUGGCAGUACUGUGGGCUGAUCCUCUCAGAGCCUGGGGAGGUCUUUCCAAAAAGCUAUUCGAGUAGCAUCCAGCUGCUGGCUGCGGCCAUUGGAUGGCUGCGACCACAAACUGGCCACGAAGUUGCAGAGGCUACGGUGCCUCCAGAAGUAAAGGGUGCCAUGACAGCCCUGCAACGCUGCGCCAAAGGUUCCACACCAUUGGCACCUGAAAUGCGACAAGUGGCAGAGGAAUUGCUGGAGGAAACUUCAGGGAAGGGAUGCCCAGGGCAUUUCCAGUGGUAA